AGUUACUAGCAAACACUGGCCCAGUUAAUAGUGAAAGAGAGUGUGUACUUGUGCUCAGAUCAAAAUCGAGCCGACACUGUAUGUACUGAAACUGAGCUCAGGUUCUGCUGUAAUCCUCACCACCACGCAAAGUUUAAAACUUUUGAGAUCAAAGAUGAAGGAAGACGAUGUCUUGCCGGCGGCGACGGCGACAAAUCAGAAGAAGGAUAGCUCCGAUUCGGUCUUGUUCGGAAGAGGACGUUACAAGUUCUUUGCCUUCGCCGCUCUUAUGCUUCUUGCGUUUUGGUCGAUGUUCACCGGUACAGUCACUCUCCGGUUAUCCACGGAAGAUCUAAACCGGUUAUCGGAAGAUAUCGGGAUCCCAACGAACCACGAGAGCCUAGACGUUUUGGAAAUGGAGGAGAGGGAGAGAGUGGUGAAGCAUAUGUGGGAUGUGUAUACUAACAGUCGUCGGAUCAAGUUGCCUCAGUUUUGGCAACAGGCGUUUGUUGCUGCUUAUGAGGAGCUUACCAGCGAUGUUCCUGGGGUUAGAGACGCUGCUAUUGGUGAAAUCGCCAAGAUGUCGGUGGCUCGGUCUAUCUCUCUUGAUCCAGCUACUCCUUCCCGAUCAAUGAGCGCAAGGGUAUUGGGAAGAAGCUUCAACAAGAUUCUACACAAGCCAGCAGCAAGUAGCUGAGUGCUGAUGUAUUGGUAACACAUAUAUACCUAAGCUCAUUCCUACUUGCUGAAGCGAAAAGAUGAACACUAUCAAAUGAAUAGUUCAGUUUUGGGAGAUU